CCGCUGUCACUGCUCUUCAGCGACACAUCAACGACGUUCGUCAUCUCGACUUCUCUCGUUCGCCAGCGCAGUGGUUCACCGGCAGCGAGCGUGCAAUCGUCUCGCACUCAUCGCACGUCACAGAAGUAUGCAAGCACAUCCCGCCGUCGGUCCCAAUGUGUCGCGCGUGCAAUGGACGAGGCGACGGCUCAGCCACAGGGAUGGGAAUGCGUGCUUAGAAGCAUACCGGCGUGUAGUAGAAGGCAGUUUGGAGUCGUGUGUACGUGACCGACCGUCACUCUCGACAUCCAGUAAAGAAAUCCCGUCAGAACCGUUGGAUCGUCGUUUCGGAAGUCCGGAGGGUUUCAGAACCGCCUCCUACUAUUUUUCAUAUCAGCCGCGUCGUGCUGCGAUGUAAUGAUUUCAGUAGGUCGAAGCUUUCAGUACAUACUCAUUACCAUCUGCGAUUCCGCGCAUAGGUUCCGCAAACGAAGAGGAUCCUUUCUACACUUUGCGAGUCGAGAUAGAUACGCGCCGCCCAGCCGAUUGAUAGCCACGGAGAAGCGAGGCUCGACCGGACGAUGAGUCUGUGGCCAACUUACAACUGACCAGCUCCGCGUUGAAGCAUAAUGUGACGAGGUUAGGGUUACCCCAGGCCGUGCGCCGUAACACCGCGAAUUGAGCGGCAGUGUGAAGCAGAGCAGCGCUAGCGCGCUGAGGCCGCCCUGAGGCCCUGAGGCAAGUGCGGCGGGACCUAAGGGCGUGAGGGCGGACGUCGCUACCGUUUGAGCCUUUCCGCCGGUUUUCGUCUGCCUCCAGGGCCGCCUUGCCAGAAUCGGCACGCUGCACGCCACCUCGGAACGGAACGCUGCGAAACGCCCUAGUGCGAUCGGAUGGCGUCCAGCGCUCGUGUGGCGGAGUGCAUUGCGACUCGCCUGCUGCCUGAGUGAUGGCGGUGCGCUGAAUGCACGGUGGAUGCGCGUUGCGCUGCACUACGCAAGCCGCUUCAGAGUCAGAAAUGAAGUGUUUUUCCUCCCUCGCUGCCUCCGUCAGUGGUGCUCUCCCCCUUCUCGUCCUUCCAGUGGUGCUCUUCCCCAGCUGCUACCACAUACCCGGGGAGCAUGGGAGCAUGGUGCGCCCAGGGGCCCAUCGGGGAGUGAACUGGCAAGGAGGGGAGCUGUCACAGCCUAGGAUGAGAGCUGGUGCGGGGUGUGUGUGUGGGUGCGGGGUGGGGGAGGUGGGGAGGUCGGGUGAUGGGGUUUGGGAAAGCAAGAGGGGAAGGGUGGUGUGUUAAAGGAGGAGGGGAGGCUGCUAUCGUAUGCUGGCUUUCGUGUGAAAUAGAGAGCCACAUCGCGUAGAUGGUAGCUUUUGCACUUUACAUCUGCCUCCAGAAGUUACCUGAGCAACGGCUGUAGAACCCUUUUCACGCUCAUGCGAUUAUGCCACGCAUGCUGCUAUCCGAUGCUGGUUUUCGCGUUCAACUGAUUAUGUCAUCACCCACAGCUAUCUGGGCCCAUGUUACUACAGAGGAAGAACCCGGCAACGAAGCAACCCCUGACAGGUGUGCAUGCUGCAAUGAAGGUGUUGGGUUGGGCAACGAGAGGGCAAGGGAAGAAAAAGAGAACUCAGCAAGGAGGCAUCUGAAAUGGCUAACUGAGAAGGUCCGUCCGCUGUCCCAGGGACUUGACGGGGGUAGUGGGGCACCACCAUUGCAGGCGACUAACAGCAGCGCCCUGCCAGUGCACACCCGAGCAUGCUGUGCAGUGCAUCCUUGCCAGUGCUAGCGAGACGGCUGCGAAUCAAAAACAUCAACUCCCCACUGCCCCUUAACUCCUCAUUACUCUCAGAUCACACACUGCUCGCCCCCACACCGCACCCCCACAUCG